UGCAAGUUAUAAAGCAGGAGAAAGCACGCCGACCGCGCAGUCUUUUAGCGCGGCCUUUGCGUCCUGUUUCGCGCGCAUUUUGACAAGUGUAAUUAAAUCGGAUACUCUUAGUGCAUAAACAUGAAAAUGAGGUGGAACGUUUUAAUAGCAUUACUGCUCAUUGGCACAGCGCUGGCAUCUGAGGAAGAUGACAGCAUCCCUGAUGCUGAGGUUGAAGAUGAAGAUGAAGAUUCUCCACUAGAUCGAGAGGAAUCCCGUAAUCUCCGGCCACGUGCUUACACCCCUGUCGCGUAUCCGAACACAUUACCGACUGGUUUCCGCCCCACACCCUCGCUGGCCGAGCUGGCGGGGUACCAGCGCCAGCAGGAGCAGCAGGAGUACGUCGUGCCAACAAGACAACAGCAACAGCAGAUUUACAUUGAGGAACAGAGGCAACCUGCCCGCGCUCCUCAUAGGAAGCCACAAGAGCAACGCCCAGCCAAACUCCAGCAACAAUCAUCAGAAGAGGAAGAGUUAGAAGAGAAGGAAGAACCCGAUCGUCUCUCCAGCCUGCUUCAGCAGUCCAAAUUCGACUGUGCCACCAGGAAGUCUGGAUACUACGCUGAUGAAGAUCUGAACUGUGAAGUCUUCCACUACUGUCAAGACAAUGUCAAGCAUUCCUGGAUCUGCCCUGAUGGAUUUACUUUCCAUCAAGUUCACCUCAUCUGCAUGCCGCCCACUCACGACAACAUCUGUCAGAAGUCUUCGAAGUACCACUUCGUGAAUGAAUACCUUUACAAACAAAUUAACGAUGAGGAGGUUCAGAGGAAGCCUAAUGCGCCAAUCAGAUACUCCGAGAGGUACUACCCCUCUGAGGUCUACACUGAUGACCGAUAUGAAAGGGAGGAUGAAGAAGAGGAAGCAGACCCUCGCAGACAAGGUCCCCAAAUACAAGAGAGGCCAUCUCAAAGACAACAACAACAAUACCAACCACAAGUCUUCAGAUCAGCUGAAGAAGUGAAUAUACCUCUUAUCCAAAGACGUCCUCAACCGCGCCCUUACGAUUUUGAACCAUAAAUAUUAAAUAGGGACAUUCUGUUUGCCAGAUGUUUCCGAAAUUAGAAGUAACAAUAACAUUGUAAGUGUGGCUCUAAGUUAUUUGAUUGUUGACUUUCAAUCUAACGAACAAUAAUAUAAACCUAUCAUGCUCUUGGUGCUACAUCUCACAUAAUUUGUUGAUACUUUUUAAUGUGUAAUACUUGGUAUAGUUUAAGUUUAAAUAAACUUAUUUAUGACACUGUACAAUAAAGUAUUUUUGUAAUGAUAUUUGUAAUUUACAAAUUAGUUGUAAGCUAGUCUGCUAGUGCUAAGGAAAUAAAAAUAAAUUAAAAU